UUUUAGUUAGGAGAAUUUAUCCCUGAAUAAAUUUUCAUGUAUGUUCCUGCUUGAUAUCACAAAUCAGUACGUCUCCCAUCUAACUUGUACAAUCUUCAAUUUGUUAGCAUAUACCUCCCAGAACUGAGAGGAUGGCUGUUGACCAGGACUGGAGCAGUGUUUAUCCAACAGCAGCUGCAUUUAAACCUGCAUCUGUGCCUCUCCCAAUUCGAAUGGGCUACCCAGUGAAGGGAGGAGUACCUCCACCAAAAGAAGGCAACUUAGAGCUUAUAAAGAUUCCCAAUUUUUUACAUCUUACUCCUCCUGCAAUUAAGAAACACUGUGCAGCUCUCAGAGAUUUCUGCACUGAAUGGCCAAGUGCUUUGGACAGUGAUGAGAAAUGCGAACAACAUUUUCCUAUUGAAAUUGAGACAGUGGAUUAUGUUUCUGCAGGUACAUCUAUUCGUAAUCCCAAAGCAAGAAUAGUGACUUUAAGAGUUAAACUUUCUAACCUGAAUUUGGAUGACCAUGCAAAGAAGAAGCUCAUUAAACUUGUAGGAGCGCGGUACUGCAAGGAUACAGAUGUACUCACUAUUAUAAUAGACAGAUGUCCACUAAGAAGACAGAACUAUGAUUAUGGAAUACAUCUCCUCACAGUUCUGUACCAUGAAUCUUGGAAAACUGAGGCAUGGGAGAGUGAGAAGACUGAGGAAGACAUGGAAGAGUAUAUUUGGGAAAACAGCUCCUCUCAGAGAAAUGCCCUGGAUACUCUACUUCAAAUAAAAGCCACGGAGAAUGUCAGUAAUGUAACUAAGGAAGAUCUUCUUGCAUCUGAAGUAGUUAGAAAUUACAGAAACUCUGUAAUUGCACUUAAAAAUGAAGGUGAAACAGAAAGUAACAUAUCUCAGUAUAAGGAAUCUGUGAAAAAAUUAUUAAAUAUACAAGCAUUACCAUGAAUGAUUCUGCAGGCACAUUUAGUUAUUACAGAACUACUAAAUUAUAAUAUGUUGAUAUUACUGUAUGAUAUGGAUUCAGAACUUUAACCAAAACUAUGAAACUUGUUGAUGAGUUAGUCUUGAAAGUAGUUAGAUUUUAUUUUUUUUGUUCUUUUUUUUUUUAGAUUUUCUUGUAAACAUAACUUUGCUGUCUAGGAAUCUUGUUUUUGAAUAAAGUAUGCCUUGAGUCAUA